UAGUUUCAUGAGUCAAUGACCAAGCAAAACGAUUACAAUCUGGUUUGGACAAUUUGCUUCUGUCCGAUCAUUUGUACCUAUCAAUAGCCUAUCCUUGCAUUUAGUCCAGCAGUACAAAACAACCUAACAUUCGUAAAUGUGACCAGGGUAUUUCUUCAUUUGAAAUGACAUAUUGCGCAAUGUAAUGAGCAUACGUAAGAACGUUUGAUACAGUAGCAUGGGAACCUAGCUACAUUGUAUGCAUGCAUUAUGUAUGUAUAUUACACACUGUAAUGGAACCGCCCCUUAUCGGUCAUAUCUCCAAAGAACAUACCGAACGCCCGAUCUGUUUUGUAUUUAACAGUUGUAUAUACAAUGCAUGUAGUUUGUUUUUCUUCCAAUGAAGACAAAUAUGUUAUACUUUAAUAGAUCGUUGUAGAAUGGUAUAUAUAUAUACACCGCUCGAUUCCACGUCGGCGAGUGGUCUCUUUGUUGAACAGACACAAAAUAUUCCAUUUUUUAAUUGGAGUGUUUUCGGAGAAGACCUAUUCUAAGUUAUUGUAUUUUAACUUCCUUGUCGACCAGAGUGUUUACCGUGUUUUAUACUCUGGCACUGACUAAAAGCAUGCAGGUGACCAGUGUAAAUUCGACGCGUAUGACUUGAAUUAAAGUCAUAUAUUAGUGAUUUAUUUCAUGCCAGGUAGUGAGAGACACUUCAUUCUGUUAUGGGUAUAUGUUCAUUGUGAUAACGCGUCCUUGGGAUUAAAACUACUACGUGCAUAUUAGCAGUUAUGCUUUGUGUAAAUAUUUUGUCCUGACAUCGCAAGUGCGUCAUGUUGUUUUUGGAUGAAGUGCAAGUUAUACAAGAGGAACAGAGCUAACGCUAAAGGAAUUGUAUUGACAACAAUAGACAACGAUGACGACAACAAUGAUGUCGGCGUCUGUUAACUCAGACGACAGUGGAUAUUUGGAUGCUGUAGAGAGAGCGGAGGAAUACGAUGACUUAUUUGAUAUCGCCGAUAAACUCGGCGUCUCCACCGCUAACCUUGACGAAAUAGAGGAGAUCAAAGAACGCCUUGUAAUGCAUCUCACUCGGACCCUUGCUGGAAACCCAAAGGACCUGAAUGCCAAUUCCAUGGCAAUUUCCAGUCAGGAAGACAAACACAAACGUGAGAAGCUGCUGUCCCUUUUGGUAGACUUACAAAAGAUCAUGGAAAAGCACAGUGUCGAGGCUACUGGUGAGCUGUUAGAAAUGAGGGGAACAGAUGCUAUCGCCAGCUAUCUUAAAAUAGAAGGAACCUCUGACGACCUUAAAAAGGAAAUGGAAACAAAAAUCAAGUCCCUCAAAGAGGAAGAAUGCAGAUUUGUUGUGGCGGGUGAAACUAGCGCCGGGAAAUCCACACUGAUAAACUUGCUGCUAGGAAGCGACAUCCUUCCUACAAGCAUGCAGUCUUGCACUUCUGUUAUCACCAAAAUAUCAUACGGCAGUUCUCUAGGGGCAGAGAUAGUAUACAAAAAUGGAAAGGUACGCAGAUUCUUUGAUCUUACACAAGAGAGUCUUGAGAAGGAGGUAUGGCCGAUAAUCUUUGUGAGGGAUGACAAGAGUCGACAGCGGGAGACAGAGACAGAUGUAUUGCACGUGAAAUUCGAAGUGCCUGCGUGCAUUCUGAAGUGUGGCCUUGUGCUCAUCGACAGUCCUGGGAUAGGUGAAAACGAGGCCAUGGAUGACAUUAUCGCGUCCUACGUUCAGGAAAAUUUUGUUAUGGGGUUUGUCUACGUCAUCAAAUCUGAUAACGCCGGAGGCGUGGACGAAGACCGGCUUCUGACACUAAUCAGGGUGAUCUUGGAAAAGCAGAGGACGCAGUCUGAUGACAAAACUGCAAUACCGUUCAACCCAAAAAGCACAGUGUUCGUCUGCAAUCGUUGGGACGCUAUCAAGCCAAAUGAGCAAGAUGUUGUCUUCAAAAAUGCUGUCAAAAAGCUGUCAAAGUGCUGGCCAAGUCUCAGCGCCGACCAGAUCGUCCGGAUGUCCACUACAUCGGCUUUACGCGAAGCCAACGUGGACGCCGACUUCAUCCCGGAAACCUACAGAAUCAUGUUGGAACACCUGAGAAAUAUUUACAUUAUUGCUCUUGAUACAAGGAUCCAGUCAACUUACCAGUGGGUAGCCAACGUGGUGACCAGAAGUAUGUUCCAUAUCGGUGCCAUCGUUCGAGAUUUAAACACAUCCGAGGAAGACAUUAAUCAGAGGACACGAAAUAUUACCAAAAAUCUUGAAGCACUACAGCACAAAGCGGAAGACGUAUUUUUACGCCUGCACCGAGAUUUGGAGGAAAAGACCAACGAAGUAUGUAAAGAGUUCAGGGAAAGAUUGAAACGUCCAUCGGUGAAAGAAAAACUGUUGAGAUGGGAAACAUGUGAACUCCCUUCGUCGGAUGGCAAGACCUGGCCACAAGUCAAAGAUAAACUUGAUUUCAAAUUUUCACAACGGCUAAGCGAUGUUCUCGAGGAAUGGAAUGAAGAAAAUAACUAUAUCGUCAAGAUUGAAGAGAAAAUAUUCAGUGAAGUUCAUGAAGAACUCAAUAUUCUACAGUCCGAUUUUAAUGCCAUCGAAAAAAACAUGGGCGUCACUGAGCUUUCAAAAUCCCUUUCAAAAUCCAUGCAUCAGCAACUUCACGCCGCGACACCGAUGGCAAGUAUUUUUGGAAUGACGAAUCCAGGCGUUAAUGAACAAGCUAUGCCACUGAAAUUGAUGACACAAGCGCAGAAUCCAUGGGGAAAAAUUCUUCAGCGUGUCAAAAUGGUUGAUGAAUUUAGGAACGCCUGCAAAAGAAAAUCGUACUCCGUGGAUCCCAUGAAGAUUGCAACUAAAAGAGCAGAGAGUUCCUGGAAGAAGAUGGUAUUGAAAGAAGAAAACGACAAUAUCUUGAAAUCUUUUGUUGAAAGCAUAAUGGAAAGACCGAUGAAACAGCUAUCGAAAAUUCAGAAGAACAUCCCCGCCCUCAUUGACUCCAACAAGAAGUCAUUGGAGCACGCUUUUUGCUGUAGACUGGACGCCAUGGAGUCAAAGAAUCGGUAUCACUUCAUGCUGAAAGAUUUUGAAACUCCCGCGAAGCAUAUAAGCGAUUUUGGUAAUGGUUAUAUAGCCAUAACCACGUUCCGAAAUGAGCAGUUGGAGCUACAAGAGGAAUUCAAGUCUUCCUUAGGAAAAAGCACCAACAGUUUUAGAAGUUCAAACGUAAUAUUGGACGGUGGUGCAACAACGAGUAUGAAACGUGUAGAAAGAGGAUUGUGGACGGUUCUCCAACCCGGAAAGGUCAGCACCAAUGAUGGUUCAAAGGAUACAACUAUCCGAAUGUACAGCCGAUUGUCUGGAGUGGAAUCGACAUUCAGAGAAGUGGCUCGCAUAAAGCGACUCAACUGCCCAAAUAUUGCUAAACUACUCGGUAUCCACUACUCUGACGCUCCCCCUCCGGUGUCCCUAUUUCUCGGAAACCUUGAUACCCUGAGCAUUGCACGCAAUCAAGACCCGAUGGGCUUUAAAGUUGACAUCCCCAGGAUUUUUCUGGAAGUCGCUGCUGGGGUGAACUACUUUCACUGUGUUCAGAUGGUCCACAUGGAACUUAGCAUCAACACUGUGACGGUGGACCAGUACCGAAAUGUGAAGUUGACCGGUGGAUGCUUUCCACGGCAUGCCAAACUCCCGGAGAACUCGUCGGAAAUUCGUGCUGCCGAGUUUGUGUACAUACCUCCUUUUGUAUUACGGGGUCACAAAUAUGUCAAUCGAGCAGACAUAUAUGCGUUUGGUCUCCUUAUGUAUGAAGUGCUGUGCAUUGACAAACCUUUCCGAUCAAAACAUUCUCUCUCACUGUCAGAUUUUACCAAGACAAUGCACCUUGGUCAAUGCAUUCGUACGGAACAAGGGUUCAGCAGACUAGAAUCCAAGGACCAGAUCAUCAUAGAGGAAUUGGUGAACAUGACUGUUCCAACCGACCGACUUUGUGAUACAUUGACAGGGUGGACGAAUUCCUCUUCAUCUUCACAACCCAAUGUCAUUCAUCAACGAGACGAGGACACAAAGUUAUAAACUAAAUAGUGUACGAUAAGGGUGUUGGGGUCAUAUGUCUUUAUUCUGGUUGUAUUUCCUCGCUUUGUUGAGUAUUUUUGUAUAUACUGUUAGUGACAAGCCUCAUAGCUAGUUUGUAUCAUAAUUCUGCUGCAAGUAUUUUUCUCAAAAGACGCAUUUGAAUAUGUUCAUAUGUUAACUAUGCGAAAAUAGUCUGACCAGUUCUUAUUGAAGAUAUUGCUGUAUCUACAUUGCAGUAUCUUCUGUGCAAAAUAUUGUGUCCGCAUUGAUGGCCUAGUGCAUGACUUCAAGGGGUUGUAUUAUGUUUCAACCCAAUGUAACUUUUUCAGUAUGUCAACUGCAAAAUACUGUGAAUCUGAAUGUUUGCCAUAAGUCUGAAAAUUUGAUUCCAAACGUGAUUGAUUAGCUUUAUUUGUUUCAUAUUUUCUCCCCGAAAGUACCAAUUUCCUUUUUCCUGGCUUAGAAUUUGCACAAUAUUAUUGUUAAUAUAUUGUUUACUUUUUUCAUAACUAGGCUUACUAUAUUACUAUCAGAUAUAUUAUAUAUUUUAUAGAGGAGUUAUAAGAAAACUACUUAAUCAUUUGUAGGCACUUUGCAAUACAUUUUUUUUCGGAAUGACUUUAUUUCUUGCACAACCAUCAAGUUAACCGGUUUACGAACAAAAUAGCAUGAAAUGUAUGCUAUUUAACAAAAAUAUUGACUUGAUCAUAAUUGAUAUCAUAAUCAGAAGAAGAAAAAGCUUGAGCUGUGGAGUAUCAUAAAAAAUCAACAUAUGUUAGCUGACAACAAGGUAGGUCAUGAACUAUUGCAUAGAUAAAUAAAAAAGUAUAGUGGAUUGGAAUUUGCUAUAUAACAUGCUGAUAUAGGCAGACAAUUUCCUGAGAUUUUUUUCUAUAGAUCCAUGAACGAACUUUAGUAAGGCUACAUAAAAAGCAUAUUUAAAUGUAUAAACUUUAUAGGAUGUUUUCACAAAUACGUUGGAUGAACAGCGCGAUUCAGUGAGAUUACCAAAAACAAAAAUAAUCUAGAAAGUUACUAUUCAACGGAAGAAUGUUUCAUUUCGCUGAUUUUAUACAAUUAUGAUUUGCUUUCAUGUAGAUAUACUAAACGCAAUGUGUAUAAGAGUUAUUGCCCUCCUUCAAAGAAUAUUCAAAAAUGUAUUUAUAAAAUAUUUUUUUAUUUUUUUAUCUUAAGUUUAUAUACCAGGUCACAUUUACUGUACUAAGCGUUUAUUAUAAUAUGAAUGCGAUAAACAUCAGAAUAUGCAAACUUUUUUCAUUUCAAAGUAUUUUAUAAUAUAAGUCUUACAUAAAAAGGAAUUGGGCAAAAGGACAAAACCUAUAAAACCAUAAACAGUGCAUACAUAAAACGAAGUAGAAAUACACAGCCUUAUAUUAAAUAUAGAAGUAUUAAUAUGAAAUGAUGUUAGAUAUUUUGUUUCACUAAUUAUUGAUAACAGUAAUAUAAAGCGGCUUCUACAGGUAACGGCCGGUUGGUCAGACAGACAGACAGACAGACAGACGGUUGGUCAGACAUGAACUGGAGACGAGCACAGAGAAAUUGUCCAUAAACUCACACCAUUCUAAGCUGGAACCCCAGGACAAGCCGACCUACAAAAAAAUAUAUACCACAAUUAGAAAAUAAGAAAGAUCUAAUAACAAAGUGUCCAAAAUAUAUCUCUGAAUCGUCUCCAAAACAAAAAUAUUCAAAUUAGUUUUUAAGUAGGGUAGAGUAGGGUAGGUGCAACCUUAUGACCCGCAAACAUGUAAUCUUAUAUAUUUAUGAUACUGAUACUUUUGUGAACCAUGGAAUAGUUAAUGUACGUCAUCGCUUACACCUGCCAUAUUUUAUAUAUCUACUUUGUAUAUCUAGUGUAUUUUCAUUUAUCGUUAUUCAGGUAAUAAAAUUAUCAAUCUUGUUUAUCUGUUCAAUAAUGUGCAAUAAUGGCUGUACUUUUGCAAUAAUCAAUACAUUUAGCUAUUGAGUCCUAAAAUAUCAGUAUAUAUAAUAUUGUCAUACAAACACAAAAUUAUUUUGAAGACUAGUUCAAUCAUAUGAGUAAUUUUCUAUAGAGUUUGGAAGAAUUGUUUGUUUACAGAUGUAAAUAAGAAUGUUUAGAGUUUGAUUUAAAUUAGAGUCCCAGGAUAUUUCCAUGUUUGACCCAGUGAUUUACAUAAAAGUUAUUUUGUUACAAUGACACCUUAAUCAAAAGUGCGAGUUUGGGUUGUGGGCUGCGGAAGAGUAGUCUUUGGUUAUACAUGCACAAUACUUUUAAGUAAUUAUACUUACAUUCAGUCGUAUCAUUUAAAAUAUUUUUAAUAUCAAUUUUUAUACUCAAUUAUUCAUCUUUUUAUUUAAAUUUAGAUUAUAUUUUAUUCAUGUGAAAUGUGGCUGUAAAUAUCGAUAUUACGACAAAAGUUCUUAACUAUUUUCCUUUAUGAUGAUAAGAAAUAAAAUAUGCACACAGAUGCAGAAAAAAAUUCAUAAUAUCCCUAUUGUAGUAAGCAACCUAUUAUUUAAUUGAAUAAUAAUUCCUGCAAUAUUAGUUUGAAAUUUCUUAUCAGAUCACCAACUCUACAUGAAAACAUGACACGUAUGGGGUGUCCCCAUAUCAAAACAAUUGUAUGAGGUUACGCCAAUAAUGCAUUGAGCCCAUAACAUAAAUAUUGCAUUAUGCAUAUGACAGGCUUAACAGGGUAAGACAAGAAGAAUCAUUCAUCCCACUAUAAGGUGAUGACUCAUUUGACCAACAGAUGUUGAUGAUAUGUUGCAUUGACUUUGUCCGGUUUUAACAAUUUUUCGGUUAAAAGGUGGGAGAGAAAAAAAUAAUCAUUAUGUAGAUAUUGAUAGUCUACCCUCGGCAGAUCAUUUUGCGUCAGAACCUCGGGAAAUUAGAUGACUUAGUUUUAUUAUGACGUCACAAUUAAAGACGCGUCAAAACGUCGUUUGACUGUGUAAAAGAGAAAAUCCUGCAUGGGGCACGUGAUACCAUCUAAAAAUCAAAAUAAUUGUAGUACAAGCUUGCCUUGAAGGUCUUGCAUUGAUCUGUAAGUUUGCGAAAUACCUACAGUUUACUAUUUUUUUUAUUUCAUUUUGGGAUAUGGUGUAUGUUUGUUUAUCAUUAUCUUGAAAUGUUUACUAUUUUAGUGAUGUGUUGUAUUGUCCAUGUCUUGUUUAAACAAGGUUGUGGUUUAAAGAUGGGAGAAAAAGGGUCAAUCACUAGGUAGGUUUGCGAGAAAUAGAAAUUCUACCCUUGGGUGAAGAAUUUUGCGACAGAACUUCUACAACCUUUAGAAGAAUAUCCUACCAAAUACUUACGUAUGAUAAAUACUAUUUGUCUUACUCAACUUUUGGAUGACUGCAAAACAGUUCAUCCCGAGAAAACAAUUGCCCUCAAAUACUUCAUGAAAUUUACACUUAAUGAUUUAUUUCCGUUUGACUUACUUUAGAGACGACAGAAAAAUAAAAGCAUGUGUUUAUUAAUCCUGCUGCAAUAAACAAGAUAAUUUAUCGCUGGCUAUUUGGGUUUUUUUCUUUUCAUUCAUUCUACUUUAAUGCAACUUGAUAUAACAGGUGUGCACAGUGCCAUUAUAUAACAUCGAAACCAGAAGUUCUCGUUACACAUGUACGACAUGCUACAUUAGUUUGUGAAAUACUGAUACAGAAGCGAAUAUCUCUUGACGUUUAUACAUUUCACAGGUAUUUACAGGAUCAGUUGCUUCUAGGAAAAUUCAUUUUCAAUAUUGUGAGUCAUCGAAAUGUAUGAGUCAAAAGAAAUGACACCGAUGAGGUGAACACUUAUAUGGGAUGGGUUUAUUGUUGAAUAAAUACAAUCAUGGUGUC